CUUUGUUGCGUUUUUAAUCUGGCAACACUGUCCCGGUUUCGCGGCGCACGAGGUUCUUAUUUAUAAACAGCGAAUAAACAUGCUGGCAAAUGUGACCGAAAAAAGCUAUGCGGCCGAGGCGCGCUACACAAACUUUUACGCCGGCGGCGACAUUGCAUGGAGCGCGGACGGACAACAUCUUUACUGCCUGAACGGCGCCUCCGUCAACCAGGUAUCCGUGCAGACCUCACAGAUCCUGCAGAGCUUUGGGGUGGCCAGCAACUCCUCUUCGACAACAGAGAAGAAAAAGGCCGCCGCCAGUGCAGAGGACAUCGAUGUGGAGGAGGACACAAUAACGUGCUUUGGAGUGUCUCAAGAGCAUUUGGUGACCGCCCAUCGAAGUGGACUGCUAAGGCUCUGGCAACUGGCCACCGGCACGCUGGUAAAGCUGUGGAAGGCCCAGCACAAGGGACCCGUCAUCCGAAUCGAGUUCAGCCCGUGCGGCAGGCUAAUAUGCACCAGCGGCGGCGCAGAUGCCACGCUGAGGCUGUGGGACUACUCUAACAACAGCUGUCUGGGCGCUCUGAAGGACUUUCCGGGUCCCGCUUGGUUCAUAGUCUUCCAUCCCAAUGUCCUGCGAAAGGAGAUCUACGCAGUGGGUGCGGAUAACACGAUUUACGGCUGGAACUACGGCACCAAAACUCUGUUGCACAAAAUGCGGGGACACCUCUCGCAGGUAACUGGUCUCAGUUUUAGAAGCAAGGAAUUGGACUGCAACGAGCUCGUGACCGUGAGCCGGGACAAGGUGCUGAUCGUGUGGCAACUCCAGGAGCAGGUGGAGAGCAAGCAGCUGAAGGUCCUUCCGUUGUACGAGGAACUGGAAGGAGUUGUCUAUGGCGACGACGGUCGUCAGAUAAUCGUGGCUAGUGGCGUCGGUAAGCUGAGGCAGGUGGACACAACGUCCUGGAAGAUCAAGGACCUGCUGUCCCAGGCAGACUUCCAGAUAAGCCGCCUGCUGCACUGCGGCGAGCUGAAGCAGCUGGCUUUGGUCACUACGGAGCAGAAUAUUCUCAUCUACGACGCCGGGACCCUGGAGCCUCUCAAACACUUGGUGGGCUACAACGACGAGAUUCUGGACAUGUGCUUCAUGGGUGACAACGAUCGCUAUCUGGCCGUGGCCACCAACAGCAAGCACUUCAAGCUCUAUGACACUGAGAACGACAUGAACUGCAAGCUGAUCGUCGGCCAUUCGGACACGGUCAUGUCCCUGGCCGCCUCCCAGAACCUGCUCAUAUCGGUGGGUAAGGACUGCAGCAUACGGCUGUGGCGGCUUCAGCACGACAAGAACCGCUCGCUGGAGGCGCUGACGGAGCAGACCAACUGCCACACGUCCACCAUUGGCUGCGUUGCCAUGACGCACAACGGAGCGACGGGCUUUGCCUCGGUUAGCCAGGACGGCAGCAUGAAGGUGUGGCAACUGGCCAGGGACAAACAGGAUCGCGACUUGUACUCCUUUAACCUGCGCUAUGCAGCCCUCUCCCACGACAAGGAGGUGAACUGUGUGGCCUAUGCCCCGAACAACAAGCUCCUGGCCACCGCUUCGCAGGACAAGACGGCCAAGGUGUGGCUGGCGGAGUCGAACUCGCUACAGGGUGUGCUGCGUGGUCACACACGCGGAGUGUGGAGUGUGCGCUUCUCGCCAGUGGAUCAGAUAGUCCUCACCUCGUCUUCGGACUGCACGCUGCGUCUUUGGUCGAUCAGCAAUUUCGCAUGCAUUAAACGAUUCGACCAGGAGUGCACCAUUCUGAGAGCCGAGUUCCUGGACCAUGGCAAGUUCAUUCUAUCCGCCGCUUCCGAUGGCCUGCUAAAGCUUUGGAACAUCAAGACCAGUACCUGCCUCCAAUCCUUGGAUGAGCACGACGAUCGGGUAUGGGCCCUGGCUGUUUCAGGCAGGAGUAAUCGGUUCUUCUACACCGGCGGGGCUGACUCCAAGCUGAUUCGUUUUGAAGACGUAACGCAGGUGACGCGGAACGAGGCGCUGGAUCAGCGACAGGCCACCUUGGAGCAGGAGCAGACUCUCCACUCCCUCCUCCACGCCCAGAAGCAGCUGCAUAAAGCCUUUGUGCUGGCCCUGAACCUAGACAGACCCAAAGCCAGCUACGAUAUCAUCAACCACUUUGUCCGCGAAAGGGAUGAGAAUGGGCUCCGGCAGUUGGUGGACCAACUGAACGUGGAUCAGAGGGUGGCGCUGCUGCAGCAUGUCAAGGCUUGGACCACAAACUCGCGGCACUCUCAGGUGGGCAAUCUGAUAUUGAGACACCUGAUCGGCGACGCUUUGCACGAUCCCAAGGCACGGUUCUACAACAAUGGCAACAUGGUCGAGGUGCUGACGCCCUAUGUCCAAAGGCACUUCAAGCGCGUCACCGAGCUGAACAAGGAGCUGGCCUUCCUUGAGUUUAUUGUCCAGUGCAUGUAGACUCACUGGUCCUUGAUUGUUGUAAUUUAGUUUAUUUAGUUGUAAGGAAAGAAAAUAUAUGUGAAUAUAUGAAAAUUAAAUAAAUUAUAAAAUAAAAAUUAUUAAUUUAAAUGUUGAAA